AUGACUGUCACUGUAGAUAAUGCAAGUUCAAAUGAUGUUGGCAUUCAAUAUUUGAAAAGAAGGUUUGAAAGUUGGAAGACAUUAGUUUUGGGUGGUCGGUUUUUACACAUGAGAUGUUGUGCUCACAUAUUAAGUUUAACCGUUAAAGAAGGAUUGAAAGAAAGUGAUGUGUCAAUAAAAAGAAUUCGUUGUGCUGUUAGGUAUGUAAGAUCAUCGGGUGCUAGAUUGCAAAAGUUCAUGAGUUGUGUUAAACAAGAAAAGUUGGAGUCAAAACGUUUUCUUUGUUUAGAUGUGGAUACUAGGUGGAAUUCCACUUUUUUAAUAUUGGAAGGUGCUUUGGCAUAUCGUAGGGCUUUUGAUUUGCUUGAAUGUUCAGAUGGUGGUAAAUUUAGGUAUGAGUUACUUAAGACAGGCGGGGUGCCUGAACCUAGUGAUUGGGAUCGUGUUGCCUCUUUUCUUCCUUUACUUAAAAUAUUCUAUGAUGCUACUCUACGAGUUUCCGGCUCGUUGUAUAUCACCUCUAAUGUGUAUUUACAAGAACUUGUUGGGAUUAGUGUGUUAAUCAAGAAAAAAAUGUUGAGUAAUGAUGCGGGGGUGAGUUUAAUGGCUAGUGGAAUGAAGAAAAAGCAUGACAAGUAUUGGGAAAAUGUUGAUAAUGUGAAUCUCUUGUUGUAUAUUGCUGUCAUUCUUGAUCCUAGGCGGAAAAUGGGAUAUACUAAAUGGGCAAUUAAUCAACAAUAUGAUUCUGAAAAAGCUAAGUACUUGUGUGAUAAAGUGAUGCAAACUCUGAAUGACAUAGUUUGA